UGGGUAGGAUGGCUUCAAGGGAUCUCAUUGGACAUUAAGCCUGACAUGCUAAUUUUACAGAGGAAGAAACAGACUUAGGGAGAUGAAUUAUCACAUAGAUAUUAUGUAUCAGAGUUUUUGUUUGAUGUUGCUGGCAUCAGGAAGGGGAGGCCAUGAUAAACGAAUGAAUUGGACUGAAAUGAGAGAGGGCUGUGCAAAGUCACUUGUCUCACUUUCUUUUGUACAGCCAAAUGGGUUCGGGGGUCAGAUAUAGCUCAGGAUGAUUGAGUGGUAGAAUGGCCUUUUUAAGCUAAGCUCUUUCCCAGGUCUCAGUUUGAGAUAAAACAUCUAUUCAGUGAUUAACACUAAAUAAAAAUUGAGGCAAAAGGUGGUUCAGUUUGCCUUCACAAAAGAAUCAAUCUGAGAGAAGACUCAGAGUUUCUGGCCAGAACAGAAACAAAUGCUAUUUCUACUUUCUCUGAUCUAUGAAAACCCAAACCAUGGCCAAAUGAAAUGGUUUUUGAAUGAAAUGACCUAUUUUUGGUCAAUCAGUGGGAGCCAGAGUGAUUUGGGUUUAAAGGAAUGGUCAAGAGCUCCAUUUGAGUCUCAAUGAGCUUUUAUCAAAGCCUGGUUUUCCAGAGCUGUAUUUUCAAGAAAUCAAAAAUGAAAACCACACGAGACAAGAAUUAACUCUACCAGUUUUCUUGAAAACAAAUUUUAAAAAUUCCAUAAUAAGUAGGGAAGAAAAAAAAAAUCCAGCCCCAAAUGACAAGAUGUUUUGCUAAGUGAUCAAAAUUUAAAUUCCUUUGCCAGAGUACUCACAUGUGUGUAACUUGCCAAUUGGACAGGAAGGGAGAAAAGGAAAAGAUGGAAGAGGAUUUGUACUGAGGACCCCCAACAUCAGAGACUAUGUUCUUUCCCCUAGGAAGGAGACUCGGGAGAAAAUAGAAUCAAACACACCAAAGCAAGAACCUAUCUAGGAGAAAGGUUUGUUCAAGUGUCAUUAGCUGCAGAGAAGUCAAGGAAGAACUAAGCUGAGAAAUGACCAGUUCACUUUUGAGUGAUGAGGAAAUGAAUUAGCACGUCUUAUAGCAAUGCGGCAUUAUAAAGAUUAUAUUAUGUUAUAAACAUAUAGCUCUUUAAAGCCCUUUUCUAAUAUUUCUGAAUUUUGAAAGGCAGAAGUCCUAGGUUAGAAAGACUUCUGUUAUUUUAUUCUAUCUAUAUUGGAAAGCAACAUGUAAAGGAGCAAUUUAGCUGAGUUUCAAGGGGCUCAUCUCUAGAAGACGAGGGGAUAGAGGGUGGGGGAGAGAGAAUGAGGGCAAAUGGGGGUGAAUUUUGUUUUUUUUUCCUGCCACAAUUGUAAAUCCACCUUUCCCACCCUCAUGCAUUCAUUCAAAUGAAGCAAAACUCAUCAACAUCCAUUCUGCAAGAGGAUCCAAAGGUGAAAACCCAGCUGAUCCUGGAGCAUUUCCUGAGCUGGGCCUAGCCCUGGGGUGCCUUCCCACUCCCUCCUCGCCUGCUGAAUUCCCACUUAACCCUUACAGCCCUCGGGUCCCCUCUUCCUCCAGCGGACGACGUCCUUCUCCUGAGAGUUAUCGUGGUUGGUGAUCCUACGCUGCUGGUCCUUCUCUCCAAGAGGACCAUGACGUCAGGAAGGGGGCUGGGCAAAGUCAGCGGCCUCACUUUCCCCUCCAGCGGUCAGUUAGAUCAGGAGGAGCGGAUGCUUUCUCUACCUUCUACGCCGGGAGGCCGAAAAGCUCAAGUUAAAGUGUAUUCCGCGCUUUAGAGUUUGCCAAGCAUCUCAUUUGGUUCUCACGGCCAGCCUGGGAGGCGAUGCUUUGUCCCUAUUUUACAAAUGGGGAAGCUGAGGCAGGAGGCGGGGGCAGGUGGCCCAGAAUCCCGCAGCUAGAAGGCCGAUUUGCAUCCCGGAUGCCUUCUCCAGGCUGGUUUGUCGCCUGCUUUCAGCAUGGAGGGAAACGUUAAAGCCCAUGUAAACGCUGGUGAGAAUCAAGACGAACCUCUGUUCGGGGGGCAAGAGGGAGCCCGGAAGCUUCCGGAGCAGGGGAGUGACCGGCUGCGGGCUGGCCUAGGGGGCCCAUUUUACAGAUGUGGCCGCCCCGAGUCCGGCUCGCUUUCCCUUUGGACGUUCUGAUAUCUCAGUGCUUCACUGCACAUUCCGGGAAACGCUAAACGCUCAGAGAAGGGACGUGUUUGGAAGCGCCCCGGUAGGAGCCGCAGCCUCUCAGGUCCUUCCCCAGUCUGAAGGAGAGGGGAAAAGGAGAAAGCGAAGAGCUCCAUUUUCCAGAGGAGUAGAGGCUGCGGGCUCCACCCUCCGCCCCGGAAGUAUCUGCGGUUGAAGGCGGAGCCUCUUCCGGAAGUGCUCGGCACACUACUUCCGGCGUCCUGUACAGGGGCCGCCACCUGGAGUUGUCGCCGUCCAGGCUAACCAAGGAACCAUGGUGCUGCUCACGGCGCCGCUGAGGGUGCGCGCCCGCCUCACCGACCGCUACUGGCGGGUCCAUGAUUUGCUGCAGCACGCCCGGCACUUUCGGGGAAGGAAGAAUCGCUGUUACCGGUUGGCCGUCAGGGCCGUGAACAGAGCCUUCGUGAAAUGUACCAACGCCAGGAGACUGAAGAAGAAGAACAUGAGGACGCUUUGGAUUAACCGAAUCACAGCCGCUUCCCAAGAACAUGGCUUGAAGUAUCCCUCGUUCAUUAGCAAUUUAAUCAAGUGUCAGGUGGAACUCAACAGGAAAGUCCUUGCUGACCUAGCUAUUUAUGAACCCAAGACUUUUAAGUCCUUGGCUGCUUUGGCCAAGAGGAGGAGAGAAGAAGGCCUCGCAGCUGCGCUGGGGGACGAGAAGGAGCCGGCGGGGAUAUUUUCCCGGGUGGUACAUUAUCAGUGAAGGCGCUGGAGCCAUGGCCACCGCCAGCAACCAGGCGCUUUGCCCAAGGGAGGACUUGGGGUAACUGUCAGUUACACCAAUAACAACAAUGAGCAAUGUAAGAGCUCCCUCAAACUAUUCCAGUUCUUUUGUAAUCGUGUCUUUUCACAUUUCAGGAACACAGCAGAAAGGUAGCUGGGCUUUUACCAAGUGGGAGGAUGGGGGAGCCCUUUUCACGCUGGAAACUCUAAAGGAUUCAUUCCUUAGGUUUUCUUUUAAACAAAGGGCAGACUUUACAAAUGUAUUCUGGAAGAGAUUAUCAAAUAAAGUUUUUAUAACAGAA